GCCCUUAAAUACGGUCAUGCGCGCCUGUACUGUCUUUUUCCGUCGCCGCCGAGUUAUUCGGAGGCGGAGGCCCGGGUGCUUUUCAAGAUUCGGUUCCACCCGUAACCCACCGCCAUGGCCGAGGAAGGCAUUGCUGCUGGAGGUGUAAUGGACGUUAACACCGCUUUACAAGAGGUGCUGAAGACCGCCCUCAUCCACGAUGGCCUAGCACGUGGAAUCCGCGAAGCUGCCAAAGCCUUAGACAAGCGUCAAGCCCAUCUUUGUGUGCUUGCGUCCAACUGUGAUGAGCCUAUGUAUGUCAAGUUAGUAGAGGCCCUUUGUGCUGAACACCAAAUCAACCUGAUCAAGGUUGAUGACAACAAGAAACUAGGGGAGUGGGUAGGCCUCUGCAAAAUUGACAGAGAGGGAAAACCCCGUAAAGUGGUUGGUUGCAGUUGUGUGGUUGUUAAGGACUAUGGCAAAGAAUCACAGGCCAAGGAUGUCAUCGAAGAAUAUUUCAAAUGCAAGAAAUAAGCAAAUAAAAAAUUUGGCUCUUC